AGUCGCUGCCGGCCAAGAAGCGGCGCGCCACGGUGGCGUCGCUGCUGGUGAUGGCGGCGAACUCGGAGCACAGCUCCUUCCUCCGCUUGGCGACGUGCAGCGCCUCCUCGUCCUCAUCCCCCUGCUGCCGCUUGCGCUCCGCCGGCGGCGGGCUCGGCGCUGCCCCGGCCACCUCCUCCAUGGCUGCGGCGGAAGGCGGCGGGAGGCACCGCCCGCCGGGGUUGCCGUUCCGGGGCGCGGGCGGGGGGCGGUCAGCGGGGCGGCAGCAUGGGAUUCACGGCGGAGAGCCUGAAGGAGGCUAUGAAAUACAUGCUGGAGUCGCAGGGCUUCGACCGCGUGCUCCGCAAGAUGAAACUCCAAUCUGCAACUCCUGGAAAAGUUGUUUGUGAAUUGAAAGUGGAGGAGGAGCAUACAAACAGAGGUGGAACAUUACACGGAGGUUUGACAGCCACACUUGUGGAUGUGGUGUCAACAGCAGCAUUGCUGUACACAGAAAGAGCAAUGCCUGGGGUCAGUGUGGACAUGAACAUCACAUACACUUCUGCUGCUAAGAUUGGAGAAGAGAUACUGAUUACAGCUCAGAUUUUGAAGCAAGGAAGAACUCUUGCAUUUGCCACUGUGGAUUUAACAAAUAAGGCUACAGGAAAGUUAAUUGCACAAGGUAGACAUACAAAAUUCAUUGGAAAUUAAUAUGAAAAAAUAUUUUAAAUAAUAGUGUUGGACUUCAGAAUCCCAUAUAGAAUUAUUCUCUCACUUAUACAAUAUCUGCACAAAGUUGUGAUAGUCUCUAUCAAGUGAAUUUGUCUCACUUCUAUAAUAAACGAACAGAUUUCUUAAUUACCACCAGAAAUGGCUACAGGCCCUCGGUUUGGGAUGAACAACAGAGUGUGGCAACAUAGGGAGGCACAUGGCUUUUUUUUUGUCAAGAUAGCAGAAGGGAAGAGCCUUUGGACCAGCCAUAUGGUUAACCAGCAUGACGGCAUUUUGAGAGAUCUGCUUUCUCUGCCUGUGCUGUCAUGUGACAAAGCAACCCUGUCUUCAGGCCUGUCACAGUCACACUCAAACACCACUAGAAGUGCUUACAAACUGUACUUGCUCCCUGAAAUGGUAGUACAGAGUUCCUGUAACAUCAUCCAGAACUGGUUUGAAAGUGUAAAGCUGCUAAUGUGAAAUAUUAUUUACUGAUGAAUUUAUAACAAAUCUGGAAGUAUUCAAUAAAGCUUUCUGAAACUA